CUCAACCAAGGGCAGCAGGGAGGAAAGGACAUUCACAUUCUCCUGGCACACACCCCAUCCAAUUGUGAGAAGCACUAAUCCCAUCUCUGCCGGAUCGUAGGAGGCACUUGCUAGGUGCGAGCUCACAAGGUCACUCGAUUCUCGUCUGAUUUAUGUGACGCUCUUGUGAUCGUACUUCAUAAGAAACUUGGCGAUCUUGUGUCCUCGUUGAGCUUUUGAAUCUGCUUUCGUAGUUCCUCCACUUGGAGCGUAUCUUUUCCUGAUUAUCCGGAAGCGUUUGCGUUUCUUUUCCGUUGUAGCCGCUACCGAAGUUACUGCUGGAGUCCUCUCGACUUUCGUCGCCGCUCCUCCAUCCGUCGCCAUCCAUGGCGGACGGAAGCAAUCCUGAGGUUCCGGCGUCGUGCCUUUUCUGCGCCUGCAUCCCCCAGUCGCAGGUGGGGAUUUUCGAGAGGUGGGGGAGAUUCACCCACGUGGCCGAGCCCGGGAUCCAUUGUUUCAAUCCCUUCGCUGGGACAUGGCUUGCGGGAAAGCUGUCGCUCCGCGUGCAGCAGCUAGACGUGCGCUGCGAGACGAAAACUAAGGACAAUGUGUUUGUGACGGUGGUGUGUUCAGUACAGUACCGAGUGAUGAAGGACCAUGCAGACGACGCGUUCUACGAGCUGCAGAAUCCGCGCGAGCAGAUCCAGUCUUACGUCUUCGAUGUUGUUCGAGCCAGUGUGCCUCGCAUAGAGCUGGACCAGGUCUUCGAGCAGAAAAACGAGAUCGCCAAGAGCGUCGAGGAGGAGCUUGAAAAGGUCAUGACAGCAUAUGGCUACACCAUUCAGCAGACCCUUAUAGUGGACAUUGAGCCAGAUGCCACUGUGCGCAAAGCUAUGAACGAGAUCAAUGCCGCCCAGCGCAUGCGCAUGGCAGCACAGGAGAAAGCAGAGGCCGAGAAGAUCCUGCAAGUGAAGCGGGCUGAGGCUGAUGCCGAGGCCAAAUACCUCUCGGGCGUUGGUGUUGCUCGCCAGAGGCAGGCUAUCGUUGAUGGGCUGCGAGAGAGUGUCCUGGCCUUUUCACACGAGGUGGCAGGAACAACACCCAAGGACGUGCUAGACAUGGUGCUUGUAACGCAGUACUUUGACACGAUGAAGGAUAUUGGGGCGUCGGCUAAGAGCAAUACGGUGUUCAUCCCGCACGCACCUUCUCAGAUUGCUGACAUUUCUGCCCAGAUUCGGAAUGGGAUGCUGCAAGGAAAUAUAAAGCAGGAGUAGGGGUACUGUCCAAUGCGCACUGAGUAGGGAUAUUGUCCAGGAGUAGGGGUAUUGUCCAGGAGUAGGGGUAUUGUCCAGGAGUAGGGGCGUUGUCGUAGUUGUGCGAUGUAUUUGAUGAGGUACCGUAUUCCCCCGGAUAUACGCCCCUAGGUGCUUAUAGGGAUUAUAGUCAAAAUUUUGGGGGUGCGUUUAAUUGGAUUUUUUUAUAUGGCACGGUGCGUUUAAAACGUUUUAAGGA